ACUCAGUGUGGAAAGAGUUUUGGAAGAAAAGACGAUCUUAAGAUUCACAUGAGGAUCCACACUGGAGAGAAAACAUUCACAUGCACUCAGUGUGGGAAGAGUUUCAGCCAAUCAUCAAACCUUAAUUUACACAUGAUGAUUCACACUGGAGAGAAACCAUUCACAUGCACUCAGUGUGGGAAGAGUUUCAUCCACUCAUCAUCCCUUAAUCAACACAUGAGGAUCCACACUGGAGAAAAACCAUUCACAUGCACUCAGUGUGGGAAGAGUUUCAUCCACUCAUCAUCCCUUAAUCAACACAUGAGGAUCCACACUGGAGAAAAACCAUUCUCAUGCACUCAGUGUGGGAAGAGUUUUGACUGCUCAUCACAUCUUAAUAAACACAUGAGGGUCCACACUGGAGAGAAACCAUUCACAUGCACUCAGUGUGGGAAGAGUUUCAGCCAAUCAUCAUCCCUUAAUAAACACAUAAGGAACCACACUAGAGAGAAACCAUUCACAUGCACUCAGUGUGGGAAAAGUUUCAGCCAAUCAUCAUUCCUUAAUCUACACAUGAUGAUUCACACUGGAGAGAAACCAUUCACAUGCACUCAGUGUGGGAAGAGUUUUGACUGCUCAUCACACCUUAAUAAACACAUGAGGGUCCACACUGGAGAGAAACCAUUCACAUGCACUCAGUGUGGGAAGAGUUUCAUCAACUCAUCAUCCCUUAAUCAACACAUGAGGAUCCACACUGGAGAGAAACCAUUCACAUGCACUCAAUGUGGGAAGAGAUUCAGCCGAUCAUCAUCCCUUAAAAAACACAUGAGGAUCCACACUAGAGAGAAAACAUUCAUAUGCACUCAGUGUGGGAAGAGUUUUAGCCAAUCAUCAUUCUUUAAUCUACACAUGAUAAUUCACACUGGAGAGAAACCAUUUCCAUGCUCUCAGUGUGGGAAGAGUUUCAUCCGCUCAUCAUCCCUUAAUCUACACAUGAUGAUCCACACUGGAGAAAAAAAACCUUUCACCUGCACUCAGUGUGGGAAGAGAUUCAUCCACUCAUCAUCCCUUAAUCAACACAUGAGGAUGCACACUGAAGAGAAACCAUUCACAUGCACUCAGUGUGGGAAGAGUUUUGACUGCUCAUCACACCUUAAUAAACACAUGAGGGUCCACACUGGAGAGAAACCAUUCACAUGCAGUCAGUGUGGGAAGAGUUUCAGCCAAUCAUCAUCCCUUAAUAAACACAUGAGGAUCCACACUAGAGAAACAACUCCCAUGCACUCAGUGUGCGAAGAGUUUCAGCCAAUCAUCAUCCCUUAAUCUACAAAUGAAGAGCCACACUGGAGAGAAACUAUUCACUUGCACUUAAGCCGCGGUCACACUGGACUUUUCUCCCAUAGACUUCCUCUCAUACAAACAUGAAGGCUUCAGACUGGAAAUACAAGUUUGUGCGUCAAGUUUUGCAGUUCACUGCCUUAAAAAGUUCAAGCUUGGUGAACUCUGACCUGCGAAAUCACAUCACCUGACUGUGUAGGACCAAUUGAAGAUCAAAACAAAACCUCUCUGGACAGAAAUUUAAAAUAUGGACCAAUCGCUCACUUUUUUUAAUGUCUAAUCAUCUUGUUUAAUCCCGUCCCUUUUUGCAGUGCUGUACAACAGAGUUUUGCUUGCUCAAACUCUAAUGUGACCGCAGCUUCGGUGUGGGAUGAGUUUCAGCAACUUCUCAGACCUUAAUCAGAAUCAGACUGAGCUUUAUUGCCAGGUAUGUUCGCACAUACAAGGAAUUUAUUUUCGUGACAGAGCUUCUACAGUGCAACAGAAUUAUAGAGACAGGACAAUAAGCAGAUAAUAAAUAAAUAUAAAAAAACAGUAAGUAGUGAAUGCAAAUAUUCAAAUAGACAAGUGUAUGUAGAGCUAUAUUACUAUUACUAUAUUCCUAUAUACAACGUUAUAUGUGCAACUGUUAUGUGCAAAUUGGCAUGUAAAGUGUGUUGUUAAAAAGUGUAAAUGUGAGUGUAUAGCAAGUAGUGAUGUUGGUUCCACAGUUAUUAUUAUCAAGUGUUCGUGAGAUGGAUUGCCUGAGGGAAGAAACUGUUUUUGGGUUGGGCUGUUCUGGUGCGCAUUGCUUUGUAUCGUCAACCAGAUGUUAAAAGUUCAAAGAGGCAGUGUGCUGGGUGUGAGGGGUCCAGAGUAAUUUUUGCAGCCCUUUUGCUCGCUCUGGAUAAGUACUUCAGGAGUUUGACAGAGGAGUCCUUUGAAGUGCAGUCAUUCAUGUACAGGGAGAAGAGCAAUGGGGAAAGAACACACCUCUAGGGGGUGCCAGUGCUGAUUGUGCAGAUACUGGAUGAGAAUUUUCCCAGCUUCACCAGCUGCUGCCUGCCCGUUAGGGAACUGUUGAUCCACUGACAGACAGAGGUGGGCACAGAGAGCGGAGUUAUUUUGGGCAGGAUAAGUUUUGGAAUGAUAGUGUUAAAAGCCGAGCUGAAGUCAACAAACAAGAUCCUCACAUAGGCCUGGGCCUGUCUAGGAGUUGCAGAACAUAAUGCAGUCAUAUAUUGACUGCAUCAUUCACAGACCUGUUUGCUCUGUAGUCAAACUGAAGAGAGUCCAGUGAGGGUUCAGUGAUGUCCUUCAGGUGGGCCAGCACUAGUUUUUCAAAAGACUUCAUGACCACCGAUGUCAGCGCCACCGGUCUGUAGACAUUUAGUCCUCUAAGUUUAGGUUUCUUUGGGAUGGGGAUGAUGGGGUAGCGUUUGAGGCAGGAGAGCACAUCACACAGUUCAAGUGAUCUCUGUUGAAGAUCAGGGUGAAGAUGGGGACCAGUUGGUCAGCACAGGAUUUUAAACAGGCUGGUGUUAUAAAAUCUGGACCUGGUGCUUCUUUCCUCUUGUUUCCUGAAGACCUGGCACACAUAAUCUUCACUGAACUGAAGUGCAGGUAUGGGGUAGGCGGGGGUGAUGGAGGUGUUAAUGGUGACAUGAAGAGCAGUUCAGAGUGGGUAUGGGGGUUUUUCUUAAACCAGCAGUAAAACUCAUUCAGGUUGUUUGCAAGUAAUUUGUUGUCUACAGUACUGGGGGAUGGUGUCUUGUAGUUUGUGAUGUUUUUUAAGCUUUUCCACACGGAUGCUGAGUCGCUGGAAGAGAACUGUCUCCUUGGUUUCUCAGAAUAGUUCCUUUUUGCGACUCAUUUCCUUUUCCAGUGUGUAUUAGACCUGCUUAUACAAGGCCCUCUCCCCAUUCCUGUAAGCAACCUCCUUGGCCUGACGUGACUGUCUAACUUUUACAGUGAACCACGGUUUGUCGGUGUAUGCGAGUUGAGUCCUGGGAGGAAUGCACCGGUCUUCACAGAAAAUGAUAUAAGAUGUUAUAGUCUCUGUGAGCUCAUCCAGAUCGUUUGCAGCAGCUUCAAAAACACUCCAGUCAGUGAGGUCGAAAAAAACACAUGAAGACCCACACUGGAGGGAAACUAUUCACAUGCACUCAGUGUGGAAAGAGUUUCAACUGAUCAGCAAACCUUAAUGAACACAUAAAGAUCCACACUGGUGUGAAAGAGUAUAUGUGCUUUUAGUGUGAGAAGACUUUUAUUACACCUCCAAAUUUAAAACCACACCAGACGAUUCACACUGGAGAGACCGUACAAGUGUUCAAACUGUGACAAGAGGUUUAAUCAGUUAACACAUCUGAAAACACAAAAGAGGAUUCACACUGGAGAGAAACCGUACAGAUCUGAUCAGUGCCUACAGAGUUUCGCUCAUUCGAAGAAACACAUGGACAAAAAGUUUCACACAUGCCAUGAAUGCAGCAAAACAUUUUCUCACAGGAUGUUUCAUGUCUAAAUAAUGUUUAAAAAGGCUGAGUGACGGUAUACUGUUUUCCAACACUGCAGUAGGUGGGGUUGUAAAUGUGUUGCGCUCCUCGAGUUUACUGUAAACACAAUGAUGGCGCCUAAGAGAAGAACAGUUUCAUAAACAUCUGGCAAACAGUACCUCUGCAGAUACAUCUGUGCUCCACUCUCCAGUGUAUUCAUGUAGCUAGUGUUGUUGUGGAUAAUGUUCUCUGUCUGACUCCGUGAAUGAGAAACAAAUCACUGGAAAGACACCGCACAUUAAAAAAGGUGGAGCUCCAGGACAGCUAGUUUGCUGCAUACUGGGGCCCCUCGUUUAGAAAGCCCAUUCAAUUGUCCUGAGUUGGAUCUUUUAAUAGUAAAGUUUCCUUACUUUUAGGUUCAAGAUUUUUUCUAGUUUACUACUUCUACUUUAAGUAGAACACAAACUUAAUUAAUAUUUUAUGAUUUAGGCAGAGCGACAGGUAUUAAGUUUUAUAAUAUUAAGACACUUUGAUGAUCCAAGGACUCCAGAUUGGAGUUUGUGGUAAAUCCUGAUUGGAUGCCUGCAUUACUCAUUAAUGGGUAUAUGAAAGUUGUUGUGCUAGCUAACCCAGGACGCUAUGACUACUCGGAAGUCCUCAUGUCAAGACCUGCCAUCUCAUUGACUCUUUAACCUUAUGGUUUUGUUUUGCAUUACUUAUAUUAUGUAGUUAAAGUGUUGUUGUGAUUUAUAUCCUAAGUUCUUUAUCUUCAUUAUUAUCCCUAGACAUUUGUUGGUUGCUUUGAUUAAUUGUUCUAUGAGUUACAUUUUAUAAUAAAUAAUUUGCGUUCAGGC